AUGGCUGCGAACCAUUUAGACUCCAAGGCUAGUCGCACGCGCGUCCCGGGACGGUCCAAUGAGCGCUCGAUCCAUAUCCUCAAGUACUUCAAGGUCUGUAGGGAAUGCGAGCCGUUGAUCAAGCUGAAGAAGAAGUGUGAGGAAGCGGGGAAUGAGGAUAGUACUUCUUCCUCCCGACCGUAUGAAAAGGCGAAGAGCGAGGGUCAGCGUCAGCGUCGGAAAAACUCGUCUUCUGCACCGGACUGGCGUGCGAAGUCAAACAAGGGUCGCGCUCCGCCUACAGCCGCGGCCAACGUUCCACCCAAGCCCUCUCGGCUGCUCAACAAGGGGAAAGCGACGCCAGCUUCAAACGGCGCGUCCACGUCGAACAAGAAGAAUGGCGAUGCUUCCGAGCCUUCCGAGCCUUUUAGUGCAUCCGACUCUGAGUCCAUAUCUGAUCGUUGCACACCUCCCCCACCCAGAGGUACCAGCAGGCGGCCUCAGCCCCCAUCCCAACCCAAGCGUGUCAUACCCCCUCGCCCUGCUCGUCUCGAGAGGAAGGGCACUCGUGCGAACGCGAAUUCCACUAAUGCUGGAGAAGCUGCCACAGAGGAGGCUCCCAAGGCUAUUCCACUCCGUCCCGCCCGGCUCACGAGGAACAAGGCUCCUGCUGCCCCCGUAGAGGCUCCCAUUGCUGUAGAAGAGCCUCCCAAGGCCAUUCCGCCCCGUCCCACUCGGCUCAUGAAGAACAAAGGUCCUACUCAGGCUGCAGCAGCGACGCCCCAGGCCGAGUGGGAUGCAAAGCGCGAAACAUCGUCUCUGUGGCCGGAGCCCGAUAACGAGGAUCCGUGGGGCUCUGUCCCUCCUCUGCCUGCGAUCUCUGGCCCGAAGGGCGGCAACAAGAAGGGCAAGGGAGGACGCAAGACGUGGGCAGAUGAAGUGGAGGAGGAGGAAGCGCGGAUUUUUGCGCAGGAAGGUUUGUGAGUGUUCACCCUCAUACUCGUGCUCGUGAGUCUGAGAACAGUGCGUGAAUCGCUUUUUGAUUGCUGUCGCCUGGUGGGCUGUAGUUUGUCGUUCCUUUAUCAGUGUAACGCACAAGGAUCAUGGAUAUAGAAGAGGAUAUUGGAUUAUCGUCACCGAAUGUUACUUUUGUACCCUCUGAUUCCUAG